AUGAAUGGAAAAAUCUGGAUUUUUGCACAUCAAGACUCAAUGUUUGAGAUUGAAGAUAAUUUAGAGCCACUUAUGCAUGGGAAACUCACUGUGGGAUGGCUGCCACGGCCAUUUUAUCUCUCGGUUGUAUACGGAAAAUGCUCGAGGGAGGGAAGAUUCCCACUCUGGGAUAAGCUGAGGAGUAUUGCCGAAAUCAUGGAUGGAGUCCCAUGGCUAGUAGGAGGUGAUUUCAACACCAUUCUUCACACCUCGGAUAGGGAAGGCAGUGAUUCAAAUAGACAGCGUGAGAUGAUUGAUUUCGCGGAAGCUAUUGAGGAUUGUAGGCUGAUCGAUCCGGGUUUUGAUGGACAGAGAUUCACAUGGGCCAAGAACAACUUAUUUGAAAGACUGGAUUGUAUGCUGGUAGGAGAAGCCUGGUCCACAACCUUUGCCGACGUAAGGGUCACCCAUCUCCCUAGAAUCUGCUCCGAUCAUGGAUCCCUCCUGAUGUGCUGCACCCAGACCGCCGAACCACGACGAGGGGGGUCCCCCUUCCGUUUUCAGAACAUGUGGACCCGCCACCAGGGAUUCCACUAG